AUGGUGUUCCUUCGCCUCACCGUGAAGAUCCUUCCUCGCGAGCAGAUACAACCAGCCCUAUCGUUAUUCCGCAGUCUUCUUCCCGAGCGAAAAGACGAUUCGGACAGGAAUGGCAAUGGAGGUGGCAACGGGAAGCCAGCGAGCUUUUUGCUCGUCCUGGAGCAUCCUGACGAGGUUACACUGGGUGGUUUGGCGGGCAUGAUCCAGGCCAAGUGGAAGAAAUUGAGGCCAGAUGCGGAGCCCCUGGAGAUCAAGAAACUCGUGGAUGAUGCACAUGAUUCGGAGGAUCUCGAUCCUGAUAUGACCGUGGCGGACGUUUUCGUCGACAAUGGCAAGGCGCGCUCUGACGGCCUUGACCAGCGCGGCACCGUGCGCGUUAUUCAGAAACCCGCGCCAUAUGCCCCUACUCGAUUCAGCUCUGUCGUCCAGGACUGGGACGCGGCUGCACAGCACUAUGAACGCAUGAAGGAGGAGGAAGCGAAGAACAAACCAAAGGUUCCUAAAUUCGAGACCAUCGAGGAGGAGACCACCCCGGUAUCGUCCCGUUUCUCUCAGGGUCCAUACAGUUCGAAUGGCAGUCGCAGGCAGAGCGAUGUUCCGGUACGCUCUGUGGAGAGAGACGAGCCUCUGCUGACGCCUCCGCGUUGGGGACGCGAGUCGCCUGCCCUGGCUCCUCCGUCUCAAGAACAAGAGCAAGCUGACGAGGUCGCGGCUACUCCGCAAGCCAGAAGGAUGGAGAGCAAAGAAUUGGGAGAAUCACCGACACCCGUUCGUCAGCUGGCUCCCGAGCUUGCCCCUGACCCUUUCGCCCGCCCAGAGAUUCCAGAGGUCGAAACACGAUUCCAGCUACCAGGCUUGCGACCUGAGUCUGCGCACGAGAUUGAGACAGCGUCUGCGUUUGAGCAACAGAAGCCAGAAACCAACUUAAAAGCCGCUACUACAUAUGCAACAGCCCAGGAUGAUGUUGACAUGACAGACGUGGAGCCUGAAUCACCGCGGGAGAAGCAACGUGUUGCGUCUCCCGUCGUUGUGAUAGACAACCCUGUUCUCCAGACCAUAGUAGAGAAGAAGCCCCAGGGAGCGGCAACGCGGAAGAGGAAGAAGAGUAGCGAACAGCUACCUCCCCAAAAGGGGCCUCGUCUACAGCUAACGAGCAGCCCGUCCGAAACCAGGUCAAAGAGCAAAGAACCUAGGAUGACACAAGACUGCAUCGAGCUCACAGAUGCGUCUUCGCCUGUACGGAGACGUGAGAAGGCACCUUCGUUCUCGGGUCCACAGAGGCGGCCAAGCCUCACUGAUCACUCAGUGAAACCUGGCCUAGGUCUGGGAAUCACUAAGAGCCCACCACGGAAGCAGCCAGUUGCUGAAACUAAUGACAGACUUCCCAACCGGGAUCCUGUAUCUACAACCCCAUUGUUUCCCAGUAGUGUGGCUCGCCGUCUUUCGUUCGGUCAGCAGGCUGAUGUCACGCCCUCGAAGGCUCAGAGUCCUGGCGUAGAACAUAUAAAGAGGUCAGCCAUGCGAAAAGAUUCGCCCCUGGAAAGAAGCCAAGAACGGCGCUCUGUGUCCUUUGCAGAGGAAGCGGACAUAGUCACCACACCGGCUGCACCUGCACCACGAUCUGUACCAAGAUCGACUCCGCGAACAGGCUCUAAAGCAGACCAAUCAACUCCGAGGUCUACGCCGCUUUCUUCCAGCCAGACCAUGGUCUUCCCUGCCAACGUACCCCGGGAACGCCUGGAGCAAUAUAUAAAUGAGGCAGCUGAGAAAACCAAGAAGGAAGAGGCCAUUCGAGCGGAGAAGUCGGCAGAAUACGAGAGGAAGAUAAAGGCUGCCGAGGAGAGUGGCAAUCAUGAACAUGUGCGCUUACUCCGGGAUGUCUUCUUCACCUGGAAAGAAGUCGUGGAGCUAGAAAAGAGCAACAAGAGAGACGAGCGCAGUCGUCUCAAUCGUCUCCGAGCCAAACUUCGAAACAAAGAGAAGCUCCUUCUAGAGAAAGAAGAACCCAUGACCCUCUCUGCCAAGAGAUCAGAACCAAAAGCUGAUCCUGGAGAUCGUCUAAGUUCUCGAGCUUCAUCGAAGUCUAAAUCUGCCACAAAGUCCAAAUCACCUGUGGCCAAAGAGACAAGUGCAGCAGCACUUCCUGAGCAGCCGAAGGUGACUCAGGCAACAAAUGCCAACGGGCUUCCACACUCCUCGCUUGAUUCAGAUGAUAUCAACUUGCCCACAGUUCCUAAGAUACGUUCUACAGAGGAGACCAAGCUUACCAGCAAGGCCCCCAAACAAACUAGCACUGUCGCCAAACGACAAAUUACGAAGGCAGAUAUAUCGCCGGAAGAUACCUCUGAGUCGGAAGAUGACGAAGAUGAACCUGAAAACAAGUCGGCGUCCGAAGAGAAGGACUCGUAUCAUGAAGCGGAUUCUGAGUCUGCUGUGGCGGAGCCAGCAGUGGCCUCGGAAGAUAACACUUCUGCCGCCAAAGAGCAGCAUGGGGAUGAAGAUGACGAGGAUGAAGGUCCUGAAAUGGCCAAGGCGGAAAUGCUUGAGAGGGUCAGAUCACCGGCCCGGUCGCGCUCUGGUUCUGUUCCUGCUUGGACAGGUUCACCAUUGAAGUCACCGAGCCAUGCCAUAGAGAGACGUGCUGGCGAAGUUCAUGAGAACCCGACUGCCGAACCCAUUGAGAAGGCCGAGGAGCCCAGUAAGGCCUCGCCUCCCAAGGCGGCCAGUGAAAAAGAGUCCUCGGCAUCAGAAUCGACGUCGAGCUCAGAGUCCGAAUCCGAAUCUGAAGACGAGUCGGAUGAUGACACCAUUCCACCGGGCAAAAACAGUGCUCCGCCUCCAUCAACCGCCCCAGCACGAUUGAAUGGUACAGGGAUCCUCCCAAAUGGACAUAGUCCUGCGCUACCUCCGUCCGCGCAAUCUUCACUCGGAUCCUUUACUUCAUCCCAACCCGAUUCAGCCGGCAAACGCAUCCGUGCGAGCCUGAAAGGUAUGCUAGCUGAGCAAAAGUCCUUACAAGCCGAAAGAGCAAAGAACUCCAAACAGCGCGUUUUCUCAAACCAGAAUAACCGUCCCGCGAGGAAGGACAUCUUCUCCCCAUCCGGCAGUUCUGAAAGCGAAAGUGAUAGUGAUAGCGGAGACGACACUGGCAGUAGCGACGAAGAUCGCGGAGAUAUCCUUCCUACGGGCAGCGCUACGAAGAUCAGAAAGGUGAUUAAGAGGGCGAAGAUUUUUUACCAGGGUGCUCUCACUACGUUAAACGGAGGGAGCCAAAAAAAGAAUUGA